UCUUUUUCUUUUGGGCUUGAUGAGCUGCUCCCCCAGCAAUGCUAUGUGUAUGGUGUUCCUUGCUUUGGAAUACAAAGCGGGCGAAACCCUUUUUCGGUAAACUAGUAAUCCUUAUAGUUAUAAGAGGGGGGCAUUGUCACUCAAGCAUUCAUUCAUUGGUUGCUAGAGAAGACGUACCGCAUGACCUACCUAAUUAACCAAAUAGCCAAUCCUGUCACGUCUUAUUUAUGCAUUUUACCAUGCUGCACCAGCAAGCUUGCGUUUGUUGUUCGGAAUGAUUCACCGGGGGCGUGAAAACAAACCAGUUCUCUUCUUCUUGUUACUACUAGUCGUGUCAUUGUUACUGGUGCUCGACGUCGCCGGAGAAUCACCACCGGCAGCGGGAGGAGGAGGAGAGCCGACGACGGCAUGCGGCAGUAGCAGCUACAACUACCUCGGCGCGCUGCUGCGGCUGAUGAUCCCGUGCAAGGCGGCGGUGGCGCCCUUCAGCCCGGCGCCGCCCACCGAGGAGUGCUGCCGGGCGGUGCGCGAGCUGGGGCAGCCCUGCCUCUGCCUGCUCCUCGCCGGCCCGCCCAUCUCCGGCGCCGACCGCAGCAUGCUCACCCGCCUCCCCUCCAUAUGCGCCGACGCCGACGACGAUGAGAGCGACCUGCGUCAAGAUGUAGGCUCGUGUACUGCAACGUAGCAUGUAGCAGCAGCACCAGCAGAUCCGGUGCUGCCGCCUUUUCUUUACACUUUUACUACAGAGCAUGCAUGCUUCUUCUCCUUCACUUUGUGACACAUAUUCCUACUAGCUACGGAACAAGCAAGCAUUGACACGCGACUCCAAAGUUGAUCUAACCCAAGCACCACUCCUUUUUGUUACGUCCGCCUCCUGCUUGCUCCACCUUCGUUGCUUU